AUGUCAGCCCGAGGCGGCAGAGGAGCUCCGCGCGGUGGUGGCCGCGGUCGGGGAGGAUUCCCCGGCCACGAACGCGGAGGUUACGGCGGCGGCGGCGGGCCGCCCCAUCGCGGCGGCGGCGAUCGUGGCGGCUUUCGCGGAGGUGGCGAUCGCGGCGGCGGCUUUCGUGGAGGCGGCGACCGGGGAGGAUUCCGCGGCGGACGCGGCGGCGGCGGAGGGGGCAGAGGCGGCUUCCAGCAAGGCGUCCAGAUCUAUACGCAGCCCGGCACCGCCAUUCCCGCCCCCAACGCUCGUGUCACGGCGGCUGAAGAAGCCAUCCAGAAGGCUGCUACAGGGACCCAAGCUCUCGCUAACCUGUCGCUGGGUGACAGGUUCCCUAGCCGCCCCGGCUUUGGGACCAGAGGUACGCCUGUCACCCUGUGGGCCAACUACUACGAAUUAGUGCCGCCCAAGGACCUCUUACUCCAUCGCUAUGAUAUUGCUAUCGCUCCAGAGGCCAAGGGAAAGAAGCACAACCAGCUUGUGCGGCUGAUGCUCGAUACGCCUGACCUGGGUCCCUUCAAGCCCGACCUCGUCUCGGACUUCAAGUCGACCCUCAUCUCGCGGAAGAAGCUGGAUCGAGAUGAGAUUACCCUCAGCAUCCAGUACCGUGCUGAGGAUGAAGAUGAACCGCUUCCGAACGCCCAGAUGUACCGCAUCCGCGUCAAAUUCACAAACACUCUCAGCGUCUCUGAGCUGAUGGAUUACUUAACCUCCUCCAACAUGGGCACCCGCUACCCGGAUGAGCAGCCCAUUACUCAGGCCUUCAAUAUCUUCAUGAACCACCACGCCAAGGUUUCGGACGAAGUGGCCGCCAUUGGAAAGAACAAAGCCUUCUCCAUGGGCGCGAACAAGUUUGAACUUGGAUUCGGCCUGGACGCCAUGAGAGGUUUCUUUUCCAGUGUUCGCAUGGCAACCUGCCGGGUGCUGGUCAAUGUCAAUGUCAGCUAUGGUGCCUUCUACCAGGACAUUCCACUGGACCGCCUCAUGAUCAAGUACGGCGCCGGCAACAAGCUCCGACUGGAGAAAUUCGUCAAAAAGUUGAAAAUCAGAACUACGCACCUCCCGGAGAAGAAGAACAAGUCAGGCAAAGUCAUUCUCAGGGUCAAGACUAUUGUUGCGUUCGCCAACAAGUAUGAUGGCCGCAACUUGGAGCACCCACCGAGGGUGAGGGCUUACGGCGCCGGUCCGAAAGACGUCGAGUUCUGGAUGGACAGUGCGCCACAACAGACAUCUGCAGGCUCAGGCAAGGGCAAAGGAAAGGGCAAAGGCAAAGCCGCCGGCCCGGCGAAGCCACAGCCCGAGGCUGCGUCUGGUGGUCGCUACAUCAGCGUUUAUGAUUUCUUCGUCACGGCAUACGGCAGGCGCAUUGCCGAUCCCUCACUCCCAGUUGUCAACGUUGGAACGAGGGAUCACCCUUCAUACCUUCCUCCCGAGGUUGGUGUAGUGAUGCCCGCUCAGCCGGCAAAAGCCAAGCUGGAUGCAGAGCAGACGGCGCAAAUGAUCAAGUGUGCGGUGCGUCGACCGUGGGAGAACGCUACUUCCAUUGUCAACGAAGGAUAUCAGACUGUUGGACUCAACAAGGAAGGAAAUCUGCAGCUGGCCCAAUUCGGCAUUUCAGUCCCUAAAUCCUUGAUCACGGUCCAGGGACGCAUCCUCAAUGAGCCCAAGGUCGUCUACAAGCAAAAUAAACCCGCGCAGAUGCGCGGUGGAUCUUGGAACUUGCUCGACGUGCAGUUCCACACGCCGGGAACGGCUCUGAAGAAGUGGUCCUGGCUCCUACUCUCCAUGCCGGGCUAUCCGGAUAACACGAGUGUGGCGGAUUUGCAGCCGCUCAUCACCAACUUCUAUAAAACCCUCCAGAAGACCGGCGUUCCUGUCGAUGCUCCGAUGCCUGGCAAGGGACUCUACAUCCAAGGCGAAGAUGACCCACAGCUGGACGCCAUGUUCUCGCGCGCCUCGCAGGGUCUCGACCUCCUUUUCGUCAUCUUCCCUGGCUUCAACAAAAAGCUGCCGGUCUACAACCGCAUCAAGCGCCUCGGGGACUGCAAGUACGGCAUACACACCAUCUGCGCCGACGGCUCCAAAUUCACCAAAGAGCGCGGCCAAGAUCAGUAUUUCCGUAACGUCGCACUCAAGUUCAAUCUCAAGCUCGGCGGCGUCAAUCACACUGUCUCCAACAUCGCGCCGCUACUUGACAUGGCCACCACCAUGGUCGUCGGUAUCGACGUCACGCACCCGUCUCCGGACUCCAGCAGCGCUGCGCCCAGCAUCGCCGCCAUGGUCGCCAGCGUCGACGCGCGCCUCGGCCAAUGGCCCGCCACUCUCUCCGUCCAACAGUCUGCCCGGCAGGAGAUGGUCUCGUCGCUCACCACGAUGCUCAUCUCGCGCCUCCGCCUCUGGCAAACCAAGGGCAAGAACGCCUCGCUCCCCGAGAACAUCCUCGUCUACCGCGACGGCGUCUCCGAGGGCCAAUACAACCUCGUCAUGCAAGAGGAAAUCCCCCAGCUCCGCGAAGCCUGCCGCCAGCUGUACCCGCCCGCGCAGACGGCAAAGGGCCUCCCGCGCCUCGCCGUCGUCAUCGUCGGCAAGCGCCACCACACGCGCUUCUACCCCACCGCCGAGGCGCACGCAGACAAAAAUUCAAACACCAAGCCCGGCACCGUCGUCGACCGCGGCGUCACCCAGGCCGCCCAAUGGGACUUUUACCUCCAGCCCCACGUCGCCCUCCAGGGCACGGCUCGCCCCGCUCACUACUUUGUGGUGCUUGACGAGAUCUUCCGCGCUCGCUACGGCGGCGGUGGUGGUGCAGGAAAGAAGCCGCUGCCGCCUGGAUGCAGGAACGUUAGCGAUGUCCUUGAGGAGCUGACGCUCGCGCUGUGUUACCUCUUCGGCCGCGCGACGAAGGCGGUUAGCUACUGCCCGCCGGCGUAUUAUGCGGAUAUCGCGUGUGAGCGUGGGCGCGCGUAUCUGAGUGAUGUGUUUGAGGCGAGUUCGGCCGGGUCGGUGACGGAUGCUGGUGGGCAGGGUGGUGCCCCCGGGGUUAGGGAGGAGGAUAUUAGGGUGCAUGAGAAGUUGAGGGAUUCGAUGUUUUAUAUGUGA